GCGGCGGGGUGACCAUGUGUGUGGGGCGGCGUGCCGCCGGCUGGGGCAGCGCCUGAGCGCUGAGCGAUGCUGCGGGGCGGCGCGGGGCCCUACGCGACCCGGCCGCCCCCUUCGCCUUCUCCUUCUCCAUGAGUGCCCCGGCGGCGGCGGCUCCCGUCAGGCUGAUGCCCGGCGGGCACACGGAGCAGCCUCCCGCCGGGGGCCCGGCCCCCGCGUGCGCCAGCCCCGCCGCCAAGGUGCCCGGCUGCCCGGCGCCCUCCGCUCCUUCUGCGGGGCCCCCGGCAGUGCGGGUGGCUGCUGCGGGGGGCCAGCGGCCAGUGGUGGUACCCAAGGGGCCGCCUACCGCCACCAUCCAGCUGCCGGCCAACUUCCAGCUGCCCCCAGGAACUGUUCUGAUCAGAAGCAGUAAUGGCCAACUGAUGCUAGUAUCUCAACAAGCAAUAGCACGAGCACAGCCUCAACAACAAAAUAACACGAGUGUACGACUGUCUGUACCUACCACCACACCUGCAGUCAGAAUAUGUGCUGUACAGAACUCUGGCACCCAGUUAAUAAAGAAAGCAGUACCUACUCCUUUGAAAACAUUAUCUCAAACAACAAAUGCUGUGACUUCUACUGUUCAGUCACCUGCUGUUAUACAGCCAGCAGCUGCAACAGCUAGUGUUACUGCAGUUACUGCUGUAAAGCCUUUGAGUACUGGAACACCUGUAAAACUUCCAGUUACAGGACCACCUGCACAAUCCAUCUCCCAAAAGGCAAUCUCUGUGAAAGCAGAGGGCACAACGGUAGCACAGACCAGCGCUUCUACAGAGAUGCUGGAGAAUGUGAAGAAAUGCAAGAAUUUCCUUGCUACGCUAAUAAAAUUGGCAUCUGGUAGUGGACCUCAAGCCACUGAGAUGGGGCAGAAUGUGAAGAAUCUGGUGCAAAAUCUAUUGGAAGCAAAAAUUGAACCAGAAGAAUUUACAAAGAAACUGUACGUAGAACUCAAGUCUUCUCCACAGCCGUAUUUAGUUCCUUUUCUCAAGAAAAGCAUGCUUGCCUUACGGCAGCUAAUGCCAAAUGCUCAGAGUUUUAUCCAGCAGUGUAUGCAGCAGCCUGCUCCAACCCAAGAAGCCGUCUCAACUUGUACCUCUGCAAUAACUCCUUCCACAGCAGUGGUAACCUCACCUGUAGCAACCAGUUCUCUUCCCGUUAUAAAACCAGUGGCUGCCUCCACAACAGUCACAGCCACUACUGUUAUAAAACCAGUCCUUUCCAGUGCAUCAGUGACAGCCUCUCUGCAGGCUAUGAAAACUGUUCCUGCUUCUGCAGUGGUGACAGCCUCUCUUCGUCCUGCACCUUCUGUUCUCACCACAACAGUAUCGACAUCAGGGCUCACUGCUAUCCAAACUGUAAAGCCAGUCUUCACUUCUGCAGUAGCAACGUCAUCUCUCCAGUCUGUAAAGCCAGUGCUCGUCUCUACAGUAGCAUCCUCAGCAGCAACCCCUCUCCAGCCUUUGAAACCUGUCAUGGGCACCCCCAUCAGUAUUAAAAUCACACAGCCCAACUCCAUCAUUACGCAGCCAGUGGCCACUACUCAGCAGGUGGUUAAAGUGAAACAGUUGGUAGUUCAGCAACCAUCAGGAACCAUUGUAAAGCAAGUAUCCACACUUCCACAGUCCUCAACACUGACUCUUCAGACACCUGUUGAGAAGAGGAUGCCGCUGAAUACGCUUGUUCAAGCAAACCAAUUUCCUGCUGGCUCUGUUCUGAAGCAAGUUACUCUGCCAGGAAAUAAAAUUCUGUCGCUUCAAGCAUCUCCUGUUCAGAAAACUAAAAUAAAAGAGAAUGGAACAACAUCUUUAAGUAGAGAUGAAGACGACGUAAAUGAUGUGACUUCCAUGGCUGGAGUCAACAUUAAUGAAGAGAGCGCAUGCAUUCUGGCAACUAAUUCAGAGUUUGUUGGUACUGUGAUCCGCUCUUGUAAAGAUGAACCUUUUCUGUUUCCUGAAGCACUUCAGAAGAAGAUUUUGAGCAUCGGUAAAAGGCAUGACAUUAUGGAACUUAACUCUGAUGUUGUGAACUUGAUCUCCCAUGCUACACAGGAGAGAUUACGAGGGCUCCUAGAAAAACUAACUGUAAUUGCUCAGCACAGAGUAUCAACCCAUAAGGGGAGUGAUACAUACAUUGUAUCAAGUGACACCAGAGCACAGCUAAAAUUUCUUGAAAAGCUUGAUCACCUAGAAAAGCAAAGAAAGGAUGAAGAGGAACGUGAAAUGUUGCUACGAGCAGCCAAGAGCCGUUCCAAUAAAGAAGAUCCAGAGCAUCUGCGUUUAAAGCAGAAAGUGAAAGAGAUGCAACAGUUGGAAUUAGCACAAAUGCAACAAAGAGAAGCUAACCUUACAGCUUUGGCAGCCAUUGGACCAAGGAAGAAGAGACCAUUGGAUUCAUCAAAUGCUGGAUCUGGGACAGAGGGUUUGAACAGCAAUGGAAUUGCUCCUGGGUCAUCGAAUUUUAGCCUUACAAAACAGCUUCUUCGUCCAAGAAUAACUCGUGUCUGUCUCAGGGACUUGAUAUUCUGCAUGGAACAAGAAAGGGAGAUGAAGCAUUCUCUAACCUUGUACCGUGCUCUUCUGAAGUGAAUUUCACAUUUCAACUUGCUGUCUACUGCCAAAGAAAACACUGAAGCAUUGUUGCACUGUCUUGAAAUUCCAAUUUCUGGAAAAUGAUCCGUUGUAAGGAUAACUCUUGUUUACAGAUAAACAUUUUUAUUAAAUACCUAACUUAGCA